AUGAAACCUCACCGGAUAAGGAUGACUCAUAAUCUGUUACUAAACUAUGGAUUAUAUAAAAAAAUGGAAAUUUUUCGCUCUCCACGAGCUCAAUUUGAAGACCUGACGAGAUUUCACAUUGACGAUUACAUUAACUUUUUAAGGACUAUCACCCCUGACAACGUUCAAGAGUAUUCAAAAGCAAUGGCUCGCUUUAAUGUGGGUGAUGACUGUCCCGUAUUUUAUGGACUUUAUGAAUUCUGCCAAAUCUCAGCUGGAGGCUCAAUCGCCGCCGCUGUCAAGUUAAACAACAGAGAAGCGGAUAUAGCUAUAAACUGGGCGGGCGGCUUGCACCACGCAAAAAAGACAGAAGCAUCUGGAUUUUGUUACGUCAACGACAUUGUCCUCGCAAUUCUGGAGCUUCUGAAAGUUCACCCGCGUGUUUUGUACGUGGAUAUCGAUGUGCAUCACGGCGACGGUGUGGAAGAGGCUUUUUACACGACCGAUCGUGUCAUGACACUCUCCUUUCACAAGUUUGGAGAAUACUUUCCAGGGACAGGAGAUAUAAGGGACAUCGGGGCGGGCGCAGGAAAGUACUAUGCUCUUAAUUUUCCUUUACGAGACGGACUGGACGACGACUCUUUCCUUGCCAUCUUUAAGCAGGUUCUAUCGAACGUGAUGGCAUUUUACCGCCCGACCGCUAUUGUUCUUCAGUGCGGGGCAGAUUCUCUUGCGGGCGACAGACUCGGUUGCUUUAACCUGUCUUUGCGCGGGCACUCGGGAUGCGUGGAUUACGUUAAGUCUUUUAAUGUCCCUCUGCUUAUGCUUGGAGGUGGCGGGUACACCAUCCGCAACGUGGCUCGCUGCUGGACCUAUGAGACGGCCGUUGCGCUGGAGACAGAGAUCAGCAAAGAUUUACCCUACAACGAAUACUUCGAGUACUUUGGUCCUGACUAUACGCUAGAAGUGCAGCCCUGCAACAUGGAGAAUAAAAACACGCCCGAGUAUCUCCAGAAAACUACUUGUGUACUACUAGAGAAUUUGCGAAAUAUAGCUGGAGGAGCAGCUCCCAGCGUGGCCAUGACGCACUGCAAUAUGCCAGUAGUGUCCAGCAAGGAGGAAAUGGAGCCCGAAGACGCCGACAAAAGAACUUCCCCUACUUUCAACGACCGGAGAAUCAUUUGCGACGAAGAAAUGUCCGACUCUGACGAUGACGACAACAGAAGAGAUGAACAGAACUAUGGCGAGGUUCCGGAAAGCGUCAAUCAAAAUAAAAGAGAUUAUAAUGGGGCAGAAGUGAUUGGUAGAGAGGAGGGUGUGCCAGAGAGCGCUCCGGAGCGCUGACUCGUGCGCAAAAUCGCAUUGUUUCCGUUGUAAUAAUAAAUAAGUUCUUUAC